AUGGCAAACGGAACGUUCUUCGUCUCCUGGGAGCUAUGGCAGCAAAUGACCUUCGUCCUGGCCAUGGGCAUCGCCUUCGUAUUCCUGGUCGGUCUGAUGAAGCUGUGGUGGAUGAACCGCCACAUGAAGAAGAUCGAGGAGCUCGAUGCCGAGAAGCAGGUACGCACGGCGCAGAUGCGCAGGUCCGGGCUCUCCACCAACAACCGCAGGUCCCGACUGGGGAGCGAGAUCCCGUUUGGCGUCAAGGCCCUCGAGUCCGGAGUCGAGGUGGACGGCGUCUGGGUCGCGAGGAUGGCGUCCUUGGCGUCCCGGCCGCCAGGCAGGAAGUGGACCUCGAAGAGAAAGAUUAAAACUCCGGCUUUGAAUGUUGAUGAUGCGAGUUCUAGCAGGGGGUCCGGUAGGGGAUCUGUCCGGGCUGGCAGGAUUACCAGGAGGGAAAUUGUCAAACCCUCGACACAGACAGGAAGGAAGCUUGAGAGUCUGCCGCUUCCGGAAGAGGGUUUUCUAUUGAAUGGCUCCGGCGCAAACCAUCGGCAAUCGAUCAAUCAUACGGAUCAUGGGGAGGGCAGGAGUCCCACGCAGGAGGGCAUUGGUGGCCAAUCUGGACACUUAGGACCUUUGGGCCGUAUACAGAGGUCUCUCAAGAAGAUGACCUCGUCCGAGUCAUGGGAUGAGCAGCAAAAGAAGCAGCUUGGUGGACAAGAAGCCAUAGAGUUCCGCAUCAAUGCCCAGGCGAGGAAACCUCAACGGUUCUACCCACAAGGUGCCACACCAACCGCUCCUGUACGGGGUAUGCCCAGCCAACAAUCGAUCCCGCAGCGAAAGUCCAGUCUUCACAGCAACUCGGAUCGUAGCCCAGCAGAAGCAGCAACAUCUGGGCCGGGUGGAGUCAGCAGCACACAGCCAACACGCCAACCGACCACCGCACCUCGAAGCCACGAACCACGGCACCAAACAUCGCGGCCCUCAAGCAUCUCAUCAGGGGAGUCCUUCGUGACCAGCAUCGAGGAGCUCAAGGAGUUCGCACCCCACUCCCGGCCGCCCCCGCUCGAGCACCACCCGGUCUUCUCCAGCAGCGAUCUCACUCAAGCCUCCGGCGAGGAGCUGACCUUCGGCCGCAGGCGCUCCCGGCGCUCCUCGCAGCGGGGACACGCUCGGCACUCGUCGUCUGAGGACCGGAGCACCAUCCACGAUCAACAGCAGCACGACGCUGCGUCGCAGCCGGCACCGGCCACGGCGCUGCGGUACCCUCCGAAUAGCAGCCGGAGCGCCGCUUACAUCCAGCAGCCUCGGCCCCAGUCAUUCACUUCCGAUCAGCAGCCGAAAACCAUCGGCGGUAAUUCCUCCGCCGCGCAGCCCAGCCCUACUUUCGGCCCGAGUGAUUCGUACGUCAACACCAGCACGAGGAAGGUGAACUCGAACUUCGAGGUCCUCCCAGCUGGCACCUUUGGACAACCUGAGCAGCAAGCCGCCGAGGAGCCUGCCGGUACAGCCGCCAGCGUCCGGUCGUCCUUCGAAUCCCAACGGAGCGGUAGGAGGAAGCUGCAGAAGAAGAGGACCAGCAGCUGCUACAGCAAGUAA